UUGUGGUUCCGGUUGCCGCCCGCCUCUCUUUUGGUGAGUUUAGACCGGUCGUUUGCAAUGGUGCGGUUCCUGCACAUCCAGAACCGGCAACGAGCCCCACUAACUGUUUGCGGAGAUUGUUCUGCUGUGCAGGCUGAAGCAUCUCCUUAUUCCUUAGUUGAUAUCUGCUUAAAUGCCUUAGUUGCUGAUUUAGAAAAAUUUUGCAUACAGAGGCCAGAUGGGUCAUUAUGCUUGAAAGAGUCAGAAAGGUUACCUCAAGAAGUGGCUGAUCGAUUACUGCAGACAAUGGCAUAUCGAGAACUGUUGAAUGAUGGGACGGUGGGCAUUUUCCGAGGCAACCAAAUACGUUUGAAGCAAGCUUGCAUCCGCAAAGCAAAGAUCUCUGCCCAGGCCUUCCAGCAGGCAUUCUGCCAUCACAAACUAAUAGAGCUUGAUGCUGCAGGGAUGAAUGAAGCUGUUACUGUUUCAGAUGUCGUGAGCAGGCUGGGUAGUAGCGUGUGGAUCCAGAGCAACCUCCAGUGCCUUGUUUUGGACUCGAUAACUCUUUCCCCAACAAAUGCUUAUGAAAGGUGUUUUAGCCAGCUCUCUGGUCUUCGUUCUUUGAGCAUUACCAAUGUGGCCUUCCGUGAUGAAGAUUUAGCAGAGGUUGCUUCCCUGCCAAGAUUAGAAAGCUUGGAUAUAUCCAGCACUUCUGUCACAGACAUAACUGCACUCGUUGCCUGCAAGGAUCGGCUUAAAUCUCUCAUUAUGCAUGGUUUGAAAAGUUUAAAUAUGCCUGCACCAAAGUUCUUGAAUGUCAUGAGAGAGCUAAAGUAUUUGAAUCAUCUUGAUAUCUCAGAUGAACAACAUUCCCGAUCACAUAUAUCUGUUCAUCUAUUGGGGGAAAAAGACAUUCUGCCAGACCUUGUAUCUUUGGACAUUUCUGGGAGUAAAGGCAUUACAGAUGAAGCUGUAGAAGCAUUUGUCAGACAGCGACCUAAAAUGCGGUUUGUGGGGUUACUGGGUACUGAAGCAGGAUAUACAGAGUUCCUUUCAGGAGAAGGAACCUUGAAGGUGUCAGGAGGAGAAAAUGAAAACCAGAUUUCAGAAGCUUUGAAGCGCUACAGUGAAAGGGCUUGCUUUGUGAAAGAAGCCUUUUUUCACCUUUUUACUCAUACAUGUUUUAUGAGAAUCACAAAGCCUGAAAUCCUAAAGCUUGUAAUUAUUGGAAUGAGGAAUCACCCUCUGGACUUAGCAGUACAGUUGACUGCUAGUGCCUGUGCCCUGAACUUAACUAGACAAGGUCUAGCAGCAGGCAUGCCUGUCCGCCUACUCUCCAGUGUUAUCCAGCUGCUUUUGAAGGCCAUGGAAACUUUUCCUGAACAGCAGCAGCAGCUGCAGAAGAAUUGCCUUCUUUCUUUAUCAAGUGUCAGAAUCCUGCAAGAUGUUCCAUUUAACAGGUUUGCAGCUGCCAAAUUUGUUGUUCAGUGGCUGUGUAACCCGGAAAAUCAACAUAUACAAAGAAUAGCUGUUAAUAUUAUCUCUAUCCUGGCAUUAAAGCUUUCAGAUGAACAGGCAGCACAACUUAUUGCAGAGUUCUACAUAGUUGUUGAGAAACUUCUUGAAAUUGUUGAACAGAAAACCAAUCAAAAUGAACUGGACACAACUUUUCAUUUUACACUGAGUGCCCUUUGGAAUCUCACAGAUGAGGCUCCAACCACAUGUGGGCACUUCAUUGACAACAAAGGACUGGAGCUUUUCAUGAGAGUUUUACAGGCAUUUCCAGCUGACUCCUCUACACAGCAUAAGGUGCUUGGCCUUCUGAACAAUGUAGCUGAAGUGAGAGAGCUCCAUCCCAAGUUAAUGCAGAAGGACUUUGUGGACCACAUCAAUGAGUUGUUGACCAGUCCCGAGAUGGAAGUCAGUUACUUCUCAGCUGGGAUUAUUGCUAAUUUACUAUCCAGAGGCGAGCAAGCUUGGACAUUAAGUCAAACUCAGAGAAGACAGCUUAUUGAGAAACUGCACUCAGCCCUCUUGAAGUGGCCAACACCAGAAUGCAAGAUGGUAGCACUGCCAGCUUAUAGAUCCCUCAAGCCAUUCUACCCACUACUUGAUUGUUUUAUGUUACCUGGUGUACAGAUCUGGGCAGCAUGGGCCAUCCUGCACAUUUGCUACAAAACCCCUGCCAGAUACUGUGCCAUGAUAAUAGAAGAGGAUGGGCUACAACAUUUAUAUAAUAUCAAAGAAAAUGACCAGAGUGAUCCAGAUGUCCAGUAUUUAACAACUGAAAUACUAACUUACAUGGAUAAUCACAUGAUGUAUUAUGGGAAGCCUAAGCACCUAAAUGAGCUACAGGCCAAAUCAAAUGGAUAACGGAUGCUGGCUGAAACUUGUCCUGUAACUCACAAGCUGUGCUAGUGAUUCUUUUACCCUCCAUGGGCAUCAAGGUGGCUCUUCCUGUAAGGUUACUGCAUUACAGGAUACUUGAAUGGCAUGCAUGGCCAGGAGGCUUCUACAAGUAGAUCUGAUUCACAACUUGCCUUCUGAUAGGGGAUGUGACACACUGGUCUUUUAGGAUCACUCUACUUGGAAGGCCUCCAAGAUAAAUUUGCUUAAUACUUUACCAUCAAAGGCUUAAACAGAGGCUGAUGCUUGCAAGCCACUCAUUGUGUAUAGUGGCAGAGUUAGGAAUCAAGGGCAUUUUAAAUUGAGGCUUUAAAAUCACUUGUUCCCCUUCCUGUAAUCUCUCUCCCUAUAUGUCAGUCUAGCAAGUAUAACAGGUAUUGUCUAUGUCCUAUCAACAAUGGAGUCAGUGCUGUUUUACUACAGUCUGAACAUUAGAAUGGCUUAAUUUUAGAGGUACAGAGAAAACACACCAAAGGGAAAAGAAAGUGAAUUGUUGAGAAUGAAAAUCUUGAAAAAGGCAAUGACUUGUUUAUUGAAGUUAAACAAUUAGAUUAAUCCACAGCAGGUCCUUCUGCCACUUGCAAAUUUUAUGAGCUUCUUGCAAGCGGAGGGAUUGCUCGUAUCAUAAGAGGGAAGAGUCUGAUCCCCUGGUCCAACAAUUUCAAGUUUCUUGCCACUUAAUCCUGAUCAUACUGGAGCCCUGUAUAUAAAACUGCAUUUGGAAAUGGAAAUGUAAUACAUAUAAAGUUAUUUUUUUAUAUACUUCAGGGGAUGGAAAUCUUUCUAUAUAGGUUUCUUUGAUCGUCAUAUCUGAAAUAAAUGUCUAAAUGUUGCAUCUAUAGAUUGCAAGUUUCAACAUUCAGUAAAUUGGUCAAUAUUAAGGGAGAAAUAAUGAUGGCACAGGAAUAGGGGGCCAAAGUAAGUGAUACACUAGUGCUAAUAUCCAUUUCCUAUAAAGCAGUGGAGGAGGAUACGUGGAAAGCAUGGGACACCAAAAAGACUCGUGCUGUUGUCUUUUUUGUGGUGAUGGGCAGAGUAGAAGUAACCACAAGAAGGAAAAAAAGGAAAUUUUGGGUGGCAGAAGUUAUGCUCACACUUUAUAGAACAUCUCCACAACAUGCUCUAAUGCUGCUGUGGCACCUACUUUGCCCCCCCCAUCCUUAA